UGAUAUACUAUUCAGAACACAAUAGACUGAUUUUAACAAAAGUCAAAACGAGCUUCCAUACAUCCUUAACGUUUGUGAUUAACUAGCCGACAUGUCUGUUAUUUCUAGAUUGGAUGGAAAAGUUGCAUUAAUUACAGGGUCCAGCUCCGGUAUAGGGGCGGGAACAGCCAUUUUGUUUAGUAAACUUGGUGCAAAGGUAGCAAUCACAGGCAGAAAUGUUGACAAUUUGGCCAAAACAGCUGCCGAGUGUGAAAAGGGGAAUGGAGAAAAGCCGUUUAUUCUUAGCGGUGAUUUGACCAAGGAAGAUUUUGUUAAGCAUCUUGUAGAAGAGACAGUAAAACAUUAUGGGAAAUUGGACAUACUGGUCAAUAAUGCGGGGAUAUUGAAAUCUGGAAGCAUUGAAACAACAACACUGGAACAGUAUGAUGACGUUAUGAACAUUAACGUUAGAGCUAUUUACCAUCUGACAAUGCUUGCAGUUCCUCACUUGGUCCAAUCAAAGGGAAACAUUGUCAAUGUAUCUAGUGCUGUGGGUGUUAGAUCGGUUGAAGGAGUUUUGUCAUACUGUAUGUCCAAGAGUGCUAUAGAUCAGUUUACGAAAUGCACUGCAAUAGAUUUGGCCCCAAAGCAGGUCAGGGUAAACAGUGUAAACCCUGGUUUGAUUGCCACUGAAAUUUUUAAGACUAGCGGACUGGAUGAAGAGUCAUAUCAGAAGGUUCUAGAGAGGACUAAAAUAACGCAUGUGCUAGGACGACAUGGCCACGUGGAGGAAGUCGCCAAUGGAAUAGCUUUCCUGGCAUCUGACAGUGCUUCCUUUAUCACCGGUGUGCAAUUUCUUGUAGAUGGAGGCUUACAUACGAAUUGUUCACAAUAGAUGUAUAAAACGGAAUCACUUGUUGCCGACGAAACUUAAAAAUGAAAAUAUAUCUUUAAAUAGUUUUAGUGUAUAUUUUAAUUUCCUACAUGAGUAACAUUUUGGAUCAAUAUAUAAUACAAACGAUUUCUCAUAAACAGGUAUAACAGUCUAUUUAUUAUGUUUACUUGUAUUAAACGUGAAAUAUGAUAAAGAGGUUUGCAAAUUC